AGGCUGCUGCGUAAAACUGCAGCCGCUUUACGAUAAACGGGACAGAGCGUCGCAGAGAAACAUCGGCGACACAAGGAUCUUAGUUUUUCUCUGCGUCUCAAGGAACCGAAGAUGAUCGAGGUGGUCUGCAACGAUCGUCUGGGCAAGAAAGUCCGGGUCAAGUGCAACUCUGAGGAUACCAUCGGAGAUCUGAAGAAGCUCAUUGCUGCCCAGACAGGAACACGGCACGACAAGAUUGUUUUAAAGAAAUGGUAUACCAUAUUCAAGGAUCACGUGUCUCUGGGCGACUAUGAAAUUCAUGAUGGGAUGAACCUGGAGCUGUACUACCAGUAGACUGAAGACCACAGGACAAUGCUACACACGUCACAGAGACACAACAUACACAGAUAUGAAGAGAUGGAUCCUGUUGCAGGAACCAGCAUGAUCAGACAACAGAAAAACAGAAGAGAAUCUACAUCGCAGAAA